AUGUGGCGCCUCGCUCUCCUCGUCGCCCUCGUGUGCGCCGCCCUCGUCGCCGCCGCCACCUCCGUCGACACCAUCACAGCCUCGCCUGCCACGUCACUCUCCGUCGCAUGGACCAAUUCGCAGACCAGGCUCGCCAGCCAAACCUCCCAAAGCGUGUCCGUCGUCGCGCUCUCAGAACCGCUUUCCAAUGGAACCACACACUUCUCAUCCACCGCCGUGCUACCGACUGCCCGACCCAAUUCCACAACAUCUCGUUCCACGCAGGUAACUGGAGGCGCUAUCCCGCAGCAGAUGCAGGCUUCCAUGGCCGGCCUGCUGGGGUUCUGCAUCAUGGGGCUGGUCAUGUUAUAG